CAAGCCAACCACCACGACCACACCCAGGUAAGCCUCGGUCCUUGCUCUCCUCAGAUGAUGGUUUUAUAUUAUUUAUUGUCGGCGAUGGCCCGUGGGCAUGAGCGCAUCUUUUUUAUUCUGACUCUCUCUUGUUGAUUCUGAGACUUUAUGCUGACGCGUUUCUUAGGUGAGCUGCUCGUUCUGUUUCCCUCGUAAAGGAUUAUACCUUUUUAUCUGUCAAUCCACUGACGGCUUAUGCCGGAUGGAGAGACCUACUAUAUAGCUCUAUGACUCUUUCUUUCCGCUCUCUUGUUUCGUCGCUCACUCUUCCUAGAUGAACGCGCCGAAUCGCUAUGAGCUGUUUGUGCUUGACGACGGCGAGAAGGCGCUUGAGGCUACCGAAGACACCAAAAUUCCCAAUGCCGCCACCUUCAAAAUCGUCAAGCAGGACCAUACGCUAGGCAACAUGCUCCGCGCCCAGCUGCUUUCCGACCCCUCGGUGCUCUUCGCUGGAUAUAAAGUGCCCCACCCGCUCAACCCGCACUUCCUGCUCAAAGUCCAAACGGACGGCAGCAUUCCGCCCGCGACCGCGCUUGAAAACGCCUGCACGCGGCUCAUCACAACCAUCAACACGCUUGAAGGCCGGUUCAAGCGGGAGUUUUCGUUCAAGGAUGUGGAUGCUGGGGCCGCUGGGCCGACGGUCAACCUCGGUGUGCCAGACGACCCCUAUGGUGGCGGUGGAGCGACCGCCUGGGGUGCCCAGAGAGACUAUCUCGAUUUUUAA